GAGGAGGUUAGAAGAGUUCGAUCGAGAGACAUAUUCGCAACAAACAAUGACUUUCCAGUGGACUCUCGCUGCUGGCUUUCUGUACGCCGAGAUCAUUGUUCUUUUGUUGUUCUGUCUUCCUAAUAUUUCUGUCGAAAGAUGGAAACAAUUUUUUUACUCCAGGAUCGCGGCUAUUUUGUUCAGUCAUGGAAAUUACUACUUCGGCGUCUUUGUGUUGAUGAUGGGUCUACUGUUAGCAGAUUCAAUUCGUCAAACCAUCAAGUAUAACAAGCUGGUGUCCACUUCUACAGGGGACUUGCGCAACAAUCCUCAGGCUGAAGUGAUGGCUAAGAUGAACUUGUUUCAUGCACAGCGUAAUCUGUACAUUUCUGGAUUUUCCUUGAUUCUUUUGAUAGUGCUACGUCGUAAUGUUGCAAGGCUUCUGUCCGAGGUAGAGACAGGGAUGAAAGAUGAAGAUAAAGUAAACCAAGACCACAAAGAAUUGAGAGAAGCCUUGGAAGAUAAAUCCAAGGAGCUAUCUGAACGAUCUGAAGAAGGAAAAACAGAGACAAAGACAGAGACAAAAGAUGAAGAUAAAAUGAACCAAGAGUUGAAAGAAUUGAGAGAAGCCUUGGAAGAUAAAUCCAAGAAGCUUUCAGAACGAUCUGAAGAGCUUGAAAGGACGAAGAAAGAUUUGGCUGCAUUGAAAGAACGGAAUGCUGGACUGACACGACAAUACGAUAAUCUUUUGGAGGAAUAUGCUAAAGCACAGACCAAGCUGGAGAAAGGCGAGAACCAAACAGGAGAAGAAAAGAAAGACAACUGA